AUGGAGAAUAAGGAUUGCACAGUGGAGUCACUGACUACAUCCCAGGAUAGUCUGACUUUAGAUUUAAGUCUGGAGUUGAAUAACUACAAUGGUCAAGGUGGUAUUUUAGAAGUUGAAUCUCCUUUUGCUGUUGCUUGUAGUAGCAAAUCGGACAGGCCUGAGCAACAGCAGCCAAGCUUGGUAAAAUAUUGUGGUAAUAGAAUUCCAAGAUUAAUUAAACAGCCAAACACCAAAUCAAAUGUUCCAUUGUUGUCCAAAAGUUUACAAACGGAACCUUCUACAAAAAUGAUUAAAAAUAAUGGAAACAAUGCAGAUGAACUAUUGAAAGUGAUUCAAAGUUGGACUGAUGAUGAAGUGAUGAAUGUUUUAAAGAGAAGGAAGAGUUUACUUUCACACCAGCACCCUGCAAAAACAAAGCAAUGUGUCACACAGCCCUCAACGAAAAAAAAUGCAUUUUUUGAUGCACAAAAUAAAGUUAGUGCUUGUAAAUCUUUACCAAAAAUUCAGCCAUCGAGGCGAAUGAGUUUAAUGAAGGAUACCAAACCAAACUUUGAUAAGUUAUCAAAUAGUUUAGGAGCAAAGAACACCAUGACUAGAAGAAUUAUUCAGGAUUCACCAGUAAAAAAAUCGUCGACUGUGAAUGUCACAUAUGCAGUGGAGGACAUUUUCCAAUCUGUUGAGCCAACUCCGCCCCCGUCGUCAUCAUCAUCAGCAUCCCUCACUGGCCCGCAUGCUAAUUCAUUGCUAGCCUGUCUGGAUGACACUUUAAAAUUUGAGAACAUCAAAGGUUGUAAUUAA